AAAAUAAGGAACGAGGACUUUAAAAUUGACAUCCAUCCCCAUUCUUGAAUCCGAUAACCCUAAUUUCACACGACCGAGGAGAAGCCGUCUCUCUCUUCUCACCACCGCCGAAUUCUUCAGAUGUCGCGUGUGUACGUUGGUAAUUUGGAUCCGCGAGUUACUGAGCGUGAGCUCGAGGAUGAGUUUCGUGUCUAUGGAGUCAUCAAGAGUGUUUGGGUUGCAAGACGUCCUCCUGGUUACGCCUUUCUUGAUUUUGAAGACUCAAGGGAUGCCCGCGACGCCAUUCGUGAUUUAGAUGGCAAGAAUGGAUGGAGGGUGGAAGAGUCUCAUAACCGUGGUGGUGGUGGAGGCCGUGGUGGUCGUGGAGGAGGUGAUGGUGGCCGUGGCCGUGGCGGUUCUGAUUUGAAGUGCUAUGAGUGUGGCGAGCCUGGUCACUUUGCACGUGAGUGCCGCUCUCGUGGCGGCUCUGGGAGGCGUCGCAGUCCGUCUCCUCGUGGUCGCAGUCCUCCUAGAUACAGAAAGAGCCCAACGUAUGGAGAAAGGCGCAGGAGCUACAGCCCUCGCGCAAGAUCUCCUCCUCCUCCAAGGCGUCGCAGUCCUUCUCCUCGUGGUCGCAACUACAGUAGGUCACCCCCACCUUACAGAGGACGUGACGAGGUCCCAUAUGCUAAUGGAAAUGGUCUGAAAGAUGUGCGCAGAAGCCGGAGCUGAGUGGUGAGGGAUGGAUGAGGAAACCUACUGUUUGCUUGCGACGUCAAGAGGACAGCUUAAGGAAAACUAGUAUAUGUAUUUCACUAAAAGAAUCAUGUUUUUAGCUGUUGGGUGGAUUUGGAUAUGCUUGCCUUCUUUUGUCUGCCGUGGUUAUGUCUACCGUUAGGUAAAAGUAUUUUUUAAUAUUCCUACUGAAGUUAUUAAAAGACUUAAAAACAUAAGUUCUGAGUGUUUUUGUUUUAUUAUGUCGAGGGUUCUUCCGUGUU